UUCUAAUGUAUGGACUUCUCUUUCUCGUUUACAAAUCUUGUUUUUAUUAGCAUUCCAAACCACAAGGCUAAAGCUACUGAACAUGAUAAGUGCCUAAAAAUUCUGUCUCAUAUGGCUCUCUUUAUGCGCUGCCUCACUUCUCUUCCUCGUUUACAAAUCUUGUUUUUAUUAGAGUUCCAAACCACAAGGCUAAAGCUACCGAACACGAUAAGUGCCUAUAAAUUCUGUCUCAUAUGGCUCUCUCUAUGCACUGCCUCACCUACUCCUAGUUCUUUACUUCUAAAGCUCCUAUAUGCGCCAUCUCUCUCUCUCUCUCUCAAUGGCCGAAACAAAUGCCACAGUCAAUCAGAAGAAAAUUGACGAUUGCUAUAUGCCACUGGUUCACUCAAAUAGCUCUUCCAUUAACAUUGAUGAUUCCUUAUCAGGAGUAGAUGAUCCCAUUCCCAUCAUUGACUUCUCAAUGCUCAUAUCUGAUGACCCUGAUAAACAGUUUAAAACCACCCAAGACCUCCGUAAUGCUUGCCUAGAGUACGGUUCAUUUAUGGUGAUUAAUCAUGAGUUACCGGAUAACCUUAUAAUGAGAGUCUACGAGGCAUUAGCCCAAUUCUUUGAUCUGAGAAAGGAGGAGAAGCGAGAGUACGAGACAAAUGAUCCAACGGAUAUGAUUCGUUGGGGCAAAUGGGAUGGUAAUUUACUCAGCACGGAGUUCAUCAAAAUGGUCGUACAUCCUACCUUUCAUUGCCCUACCAAGCUUGCUGGUUUAAGUGAGAUUUUACAAGAAUGCAUCAAAAGAAUGAGGGAACUUGGAGUCCAAUUGCUUAGAGCGAUAUCAAAAACCUUGGGAUUUGAAGAAUGCUACAUAGAGAAAAGAAUGAAGCUCGAAUCAGGCCAUGACUUUAUUUCAGCAAAUGAUUAUCAAGUCCGUUUGAAUUCUGAAAAUCAACUAGGUCAGCCUCCUCAUUACGACACUGGACUCCUAGUCCUCCUCUUACCAGGUGAAAGUAAUGGUCUUCAACUAGAGCAUCAUGGGAAAUGGAUUAAUGUAAAUCCUCAACCUAAUUCUAUUGUUGUCAUCAUUGCUGACCAUAUUGAGAUUUUAACCAAUGGGAAGUAUAAGAGUCUCUUGCAUCGAGUGGUUCUUAACAAAAAAGUAAGGAGGAUAAGCUUACCACUGUUUCUUGGACCAUCGUUGGACACUACAGUGAGCCCAAUGCCAGAGUUUGUAGAUGAGCAUCACCCACCAGCAUACCUUGUGAAGACCUAUAAAGAGUCAUUGGAAACAAAUCAGUACCAAGUAAUUGAUGGAAUGUCAUGCAUGAAAAAUGUUCGACUUUGAUAGACCAGGUAGGUGUUGGUUCCUGAAUCAAGUACAUCCUCAGAGAUGAUCUGUUUGCGCAAUAAGCCAUGCAAGUAGUAUUUGCAUGCAAAUUGUGUUUGGUGUUUUGUGUCAAUGCUAUAAUACUAUUAUCUACAGUGAGCGUGAUAAUCUUAAUUAUGAUAUAAAUAAGGAUUUUUUUUUA